GAAUCGGGCCGGGCCGGGCCGAGGCGAGCCGAACGGACUCGGGCCGAGCCAUGGGGCAGAUCGAGUGGGCCAUGUGGGCUAACGAGCAGGCGCUGGCGGCCGGGCUCAGUGACACCCCUUUCCUUGACCCCCCCCGCAGCGUGGCAGGCGUCUUGGUCUGCCUGCUCGAGUACCCCAGGAGCAAGAGGAAAAAGGGUUCUACCAUGGAGAGAUGUGGCCAGAAGUACUUGACAGCAGUGGUGAAGGUGUUUGGGCCCCUCACGAGGAAUUACUACAUCCGAGCUAUCCUGCACGCUGCCCUGGCUGUCCCCGCUGGUUUCCUCCUCUCCACCAUCCUGGGCACUGUCUGCUUGGGCACCGCGAGCGGCAUCUACCUGCUGGCGGCGGUGCGUGGGGAAGAGUGGAGACCCAUCGAGCAGAAGCCCCGGGAGCGGCCACAUGUGGGGGACACCAUCAAGCAGCCGCCCAGCAACCCCCCACCCCGGCCCCCCGCCGACACCCGCAAGAAGCAGCCAGCGGAGGUGGGGGGGCAGGUGAACCCCAUCCCCGUCGAGGCUGAGUAACUCGGGGUGGGGGGGAGCUCUCCUGCCGCUGCUGCGCUGCUCGUGUUCCCGCUUCCCAACUGCACCCCGGCUCCUCGGUGGGAAACUGGGGUGGCUGGCUCCUGGGGAUCCCCAAAUCCCCAGGGAUGCUCAGCUCCUGGAGUGGUCCCCAGCUCCCAGGGGCUCCCUAGCUCCUGUUGGAUCCCCAAGGAUGCUCAGCUCUCUGGGGGGGUCCCCAGCUCCUGGGGAUCCCCAAAUCCCUAAGGAUGCUCAGCUCCCUGAAGGGGCCCCAGCUUUCCAAGCAGCCCCCAGUUCCCUGGGGGAUCCCCAAAUCCCUGGGGAACUUCAGUUCUCUGGGGCAUUCCCAGCUUCCCGAGGGGUCCCCAGGCCCUGCAGCCCCACGGGGAUGGGGGGGGGAU